AAAAAAUUUCAACAAGCAAAGACAGCAAAGCAAGGCAUUCAGGUGCGAGUGGCAUAGAGACAGAGAUAACCUGUCUAGAAGCAAGAGUCAAAUUCUCUACACGCAGCAUAGCUUCUUACAGUCUGCUGUCCUGGUCCUGUAUAACGAUCUCGAGACCUUCAACAAUUUUUUUACAAUGCCCACCGAACUAGAAGAGCUCGUCGAAUUCCUCCACCAUGGCAAUACUCAGAUAAGACAAAUUGCGUGCGAAAACCUCGUUGGUUUCUCCACUGCCCAGCCAGAACUCUUCAAGCGCCAGCAACUCUUGCCGGUGCGGGAUCUCAAGCUUCUGGCUCGCGAUUAUGCACCAAUUGCCAAAAAUGCCUUGACAAUACUCAUCAACCUUUCUGCGGAUGAUGAGGUGCUGACCAAUCUUGCGGAAGAUGAUGCUUUCCUUGAGACGCUUCUUCUAAAAAUCACAAACUUAAAGGAGCCGAACGCGGAUGACUUUGCCAUGCUUUUCGCCAAUUUGGCAAAAUCUAAUAAGAUGGAAAGGCUGCUUACUCUCAAGCGAAAAGCACCAGAGGCAGUCUCCAAGUCACCUAAUGCGAUGGACCAGCUGAUGGACUGCUUUGUGAAGGGAGCCGAGAAUGGUCUCAACGAACAUGCAACUUUUGACUACUUGUCUUAUCUUUUUGCUGACCUUUCCAAAACUGAGCUUGGUCGAGCAUAUUUCACUUCGCGGCAAGAGUAUGAUGAUGUUGUGCCAGUGACAAAGCUCACCGUGUUCACGGAGCACAAAAGCACCAUCCGAAGAAAGGGAGUAGCGUCCACGAUCAAGAAUGUCGCAUUUGACGUUCCCUUUCAUCCCACACUCUUGUCCGAGGACGAGGCCAAUAUCCUUCCCUACAUAUUGCUACCCAUUACUGGUCCAGAGGAAUAUGCUGAGGAGGAAGCACUGGAAAUGCUGCCUGAUCUCCAGCUGUUGCCGCCUGACAAACAGCGAGAUACCGACACCAGCAUCAUCGUAACACACAUUGAAACGCUUUUGUUGCUCACCACAACACGAGAAGGGCGCGACAGGAUGAGGGCUGUUCAAGUAUAUCCAAUCAUUCGAGAAUGUCACCUCCACGUGAAUAAUGAGGAUGUGCGUGAUGCCUGUGAUCGCCUAGUCCAAGUUUUGAUGCGAGAUGAAGAAGGCGAGGAUAAAACAAGCCAGCUUCUGGCGGAAAAUGCACCCGACACCCUGAAUACAGCCCCCUCAGGCGAUGAUCAAAAUGUUGUUGAGAUAUUCUAGGUCGAUCCGUGUAAUCGAGGAUCCCAGAAAAUUGAAAUGGCACGGGGUUGGAACUAAAGUGUAUUGAGCUUCAAUUCUUAGCAAGUAUUGUUAGCUUAGAAACAAUGCUUCCUGGACAAUUUAUUCACACUCUGGUAAC